GGUGGUGUUCGCGAGUGCAGCGGUGGGGGCGUGUAUGGGCGUACUAGUGGUGAUAAUGGUGACACCAGCCACCCACGCUAUCACCAUCCAUCCAGCAGUACUCCAGAACUUCGUGGGUCAAUAUCGCAAGCCUGGAGAGCCAGUGUUGAGGUCUGCCUUCGACCGACCCCGCUUCCUCCGUCAGCGCCUCCUGCAGGACGUCCCCGCCUCCCUCAGGUCCCGCCACGCACAGAGUUACCUGGGAGACUCGGCCCUCCUGCAGGAGUCCUACCCCGUGGCUGCAGAAGUUGUAGCCCCUGCCGAGGAGUGGAACCGACCGCUCAG